AUGACGAAAUCUUUACCAGCUUAUGAGAGAGCAUUGCAUGAACAGUUCAAGAGUAUAUAUGACGAAUUAUCUGAUUUGAAGAAUAAUCGAAGCCACUACAUUAACUCAAAGCAAGUAUAUCAAAUAUAUGAUAAAUUCUUGAACAUAGUACAUGAAUUAACUUUGACAAGGAAAGACGAAGAGUUGAAGGGUAUAACUUUGUCUUUACCUAAUACGAAUGACUUACUUAUUGAUGAUACAUGGCAGUUGUUAUCUUUAUGCUUUGUAACUUGCGGAUUAAUAAAGUUCGCCCCUGCAACUUAUAGCUCUUUGGCAACUGUGAGUAAACUAUUGGAGCAUUUAAAGGAAUGCCAAGUAUAUACAAUGGAUGAUUUGAGACCUAUUAAAUCACGGUUAGAAGAGAUAAAGGAUAUUAUUUCAAAUUCGGGAUCGGAUGACGAUGGGGAGAGCAAUGUCCACAAACUGGAAGAGAGUCUUUUACUAAUGAAUAAGUUGAAUAAGUGUCAGAGUUUGUAUAAGGAUCUAGAAAAAAACUUUGAAAACGUUCCAUCUGAUUUGGUACCCAUCUACAUGGAGUUGAUAUCAUUGAGAAAAAGCCUCUUAAAUUAUUUAACCGACCCGACCAUCAACUCACCAAAUAGUCAAUUCCCCAAACGGCUCGAAGAAAUAAGAGCGAAAAUCAAGACUAUAGGGUCGAAGAGGGACGAAGAAGGUAAAUUUGUUAGUAAAAUAGGUACCGAGGAACAGCUUAGAUCUACUCAAGUUGUACUUAAUGGUCUUUUCGACGAUUGCAAUUAUUUGAUACGAGAUUUGUCCAUCCAAAAAGAUACUGACAAUUUGUCUGAUCUCUUUGAUUCGAUGGCAUUGAAAGAUCACGGUCAAGCAACAACUAUACAGAAUUUCAAAAGGCUAUAUGAGCAGUUAAUUGAUUUAAAACUCAAACUUGAAAACCUUUUAGUCACAAGGAGAUGGACAAUGAGAGAGACUGACUUAUACAAUUACCAAAAACUAUUAAAGCAAAUUGAUGAUGAGAGGAUCGCUUUAAUUAAAGACAUUGAUCCCAACAACAAGGACAUUAAAAGACUCCAAAUAUUAAUUUUAUAUCUUCUCAGAAGAUGCUAUGGAUUAAUUUACAAACUUCUAGAAAGCUCAGAGCCUGUCAGUGAAUCUUUGCAACCCAUCCAUAAUCAAUUAUCCACAGUUCGUAGGUGUCUCUUGGAACUCAAAAGAAUUGAUGGUCUAAAUAAUUUACGAGAUUUAUACCCAUUCCAGUUCAAAUUAGCCUCAUUGGAUAAUCUCAGAAAGGAUGGUAAAUUCAUAGUUAAUAAUCAGAUUCCUGAGGGACAGGCGACAUUAAAUGCUCUUCUUGCAGAGUGCUUUGAUAUUAUCCAUGAAUUAAAAAUUGAAUUAGAAGAAAAGGAAGAAGAGAGACAAAAGUCUCCUGAAAAGCAAGACUCUGGUGAUGGAACUGACUCAGAAGACAUUAAUUCUGAUGACGAAGUGGAGCUUAAAAGAAACAGAUAUGCGGGCCUUAAUGAGGCAGAUUAUGAUCAAGCAUCUGAAUCUGAGUCUGAUUAUGACGAUGACUCAUGCUUGAGUGAUUCAGAAUACGAAGGUAAUGACUACUAUUAA